AAGACUUUCAGGAUCAGGAUUAUGUGGAAGAAGGGCGGAGUCACAAGACUAAUACACUGGACCUUCCAACGCAAGAUGACAAAAAGAAAGACGGUCAAAUGGGACAUGGAGUGGGGUCAGACAUGAUUUACACCAUUGAGGACGUCCCACCAUGGUACCUGUGUAUACUCCUCGGACUGCAGCAUUAUCUCACCUGUUUUAGCGGCACAGUGGCGGUGCCGUUCCUUCUCGCUGAGGCCAUGUGCGUUGGUCGGGACCAGAACACCAUCAGUCAGCUGAUUGGAACUAUCUUCACCACAGUCGGAAUCACAACCUUGAUCCAGACCACUGUGGGAGUCAGACUUCCAUUGUUCCAGGCCAGUGCGUUUGCAUUCCUGAUUCCCGCUCAGGCCAUCCUCAGCCUGGACCGCUGGAAGUGUCCCAGUGAGGAGGAGAUUUAUGGGAACUGGAGUAUCCCACUGAACACGUCACACAUCUGGCAGCCUCGCAUCAGAGAGAUCCAGGGGGCUAUCAUUGUGUCCAGUGUCUUGGAGUUGCUGAUUGGUCUGUGCGGGUUGCCAGGUUUGCUGCUGGAGUAUAUCGGCCCUUUGACCAUCACACCCACUGUCUCGCUGAUCGGCCUAUCGGUGUUCAGCACGGCCGGAGACCGAGCCGGGUCCCACUGGGGCCUUUCAGCACUGUGUAUUCUGCUCAUUGUACUGUUUGCUCAGUACCUUAGAGCGACAUCACUUCCUGUUCCUGUGUACAGCAGGAAGAAGGGUCUUACCUCGACACGGGUCCAGAUAUUCAAAAUGUUUCCAAUCAUUCUCGCCAUCCUGCUAGUUUGGCUCGUCUGCUACGUCUUCACCCUGACCGACCUGCUGCCUACUGACCCUGAUAGCUACGGACACAAGGCCAGGACAGACGCCCGCGGUGACAUCAUGACCUCUUCACCCUGGUUUAGAAUACCAUACCCCUGCCAGUGGGGUUUACCAGUGGUAACAGUUGCUGGGGUUCUGGGAAUGUUGAGCGCUACCAUGGCAGGAAUUGUGGAGUCCAUCGGGGAUUACUACGCCUGCGCCCGUCUGUCUGGAGCCACACCCCCUCCAGUCCAUGCCAUCAACAGGGGGAUUUUCACCGAGGGAGUCUGCUGCAUCAUCGCUGGACUGCUGGGGACAGGAAACGGAUCCACUUCCUCCAGCCCAAAUAUAGGCGUCCUGGGAAUCACAAAGGUGGGCAGCAGGCGGGUGGUGCAGUAUGGAGCAGGUAUCAUGUUUCUGUUAGGCUCCGUGGGGAAGUUCACCGCUCUGUUCGCCUCGUUGCCUGAUCCGAUCCUGGGAGGAAUGUUCUGCACUCUGUUUGGUAUGAUCACAGCGGUUGGUCUGUCCAACCUUCAGCUGGUUGAUUUGAACUCAUCCAGAAAUCUUUUCGUCCUCGGGUUCUCGAUGUUUUUCGGCCUCACUCUCCCCACCUACCUGGAUGCUCACCCCAAGUCCAUCAACACAGGUGUUGCUGAACUCGAUCAGAUUUUAACCGUUCUUCUGUCCACUGAGAUGUUUGUCGGAGGAUUUUUGGCAUUUUGUCUGGACAACACCAUUCCAGGAUCCAGACAGGAGCGAGGUCUGGUCAACUGGGGCUCUGCCCCCUUCUCCUCACCAUCCUAUGAUCUUCCAGUGGGAAUGGAUGUGAUUCGGCGGACUCGCUGGUUAAGACGGUUUCCGAUCAGCCCCUCCUUCACUGGUUAUCGGGGGAAUGACAUAGAGGUGGAGGUGGAAGGGGAGGCCAUUGACCUCACUCAGUCUAGUACCAAGGUGUGACUCUGAUGCCAUCAUUAGUGGACAUUCAAUGAGCAGGAAUCACACCUGUGAAAUGAUUGACAGGUGAUCGAUGAUGCUGCAUUCAGUCAGAACCUUGUAGCAUGUCAGACAUCACAUUCAGUGGCAUCUAUAAAAUGAAAUUUUUACAGUAUUAUACUGUUAAAAGUGUAAAAACAAAAAAACAUUUUAAACAUUUCAAUUUAUGAUUUUCAAUAUGAUGAUAUUCAUAUGAAUUCAAGUGUUUUAUAAAUCAUGGAUGUGCUAUUGUUUCUGAUAUUUUCUUUAUAACACUAUUACGUCUUUCCAGAGGUGCUGCUCAGCUGCUCAGUGAGCAUGCUCAGAGCCACAGUCUUGCAGUCUUGGUGUUGUUCAUCCCACCAACACCCUUAAAAUCAAUCUAUUGUGUUUGUCCUGAAACCUCCAGUAAAGUAAAGAGGAUUUAAACAUCCUCUCUGCAUGUUCUAACAGCACAUGAGUAUAGAAUUUUGAAGGGGCAGAAACAGAAGUUUGUAUUGACACGUCUUUGUAUUGACAGCUUUGAGCAGAAUACUUUUGUCUCUGUGUUAACACAACUCUGAGUUACACACAGAUAGGGAUACCAUUAAAGCACCCCUGUCUCUACUGUGUAAAAAAAAAGAAAACAAAUGUACAUGAUGAAACUUCAGCACUGGGACCAAAAGGCGGCUUACGGCCUGCCAUUGAGGGAGCAUUGCCAUUAGGUAGAAAGCAUUGGCAUCAAUCACAAAGUCUGCUGCAUCUAUUCCAAAGUUUUUGGCAUUAAUUCCAAAGUUUUUGGCAUCUGUUCCAAAGUUUGUGAAAUCUAUUCCAGAGUUUGUGGCAUCCAUUCCAAAGUCUGUGGCAUCUGUUCCAAAGUUUUGGCAUAUAUUCCAAAGUCUGUGGGAUCUAUUUCAAAGUUUGUGUCAUUUAUUUUAAAGUUUAUGUAUUAGAUUCCAAAGUUUGAGGCAUAUAUUCCAAAGUUUGUGGCAUCUGUUCCAAAAUCUAUGGCAUCUAUUCCAAAGUUUAUGUAUUUGAUUCCAAAGUCUUUGGCAUCUGUUCCAAAGCCAGUGGCAUCUAUUUAAAAGUCUGUGGCAUCUGUUCCAAAGUUUAUGUGUUCGAUUCCAAAGUCUUUGGCAUCUGUUCCAAAGCCGGUGGCAUCUAUUUAAAAGUCUGUGGCAUCUAUUCCAAAGUCUUUGACAUCUGUUCCAAAGUAAGUGGCAUCUAUUUCAAAGUUUGUGGCAUCCUUCCGAAGCUUUUGGCAACUGUUCCAAAGUUUUUGGAAUCUAUUCCAGAGUUUGAGUCAUCUCUUUCAAAGUUUGUGGCCUCUGUUCCAAAGUUUGUGGAAUCUAUUCCAGAGUUUGUGACAUUUUUUCCAAUGUUUGUGGAAUCUCUUCCAGAGUCUGUGGCAUAAAUUCCAAAGUCUUUGGCAUCUGUUCCAAAGUUUUGGCAUAUAUUCCAAAGUCUGUGGGCUGUAUUUCAAAGUUUAUGUCAACUGUUUUAAAGUUCAUGUUUUCUGUUGAGAGUUUGUGGCAUAUUUCCCAAAGUUUUGGAAUCUAUUCCAGAGUUUGAGGCGUCUCUUCCAAAGUUUGUAGCAUCUGUUCCAGAGUUUGUGGAAUCUAUUCCAGAGUUUGUGACUUUGUUUCCAAAGUUUGUGGAAUCUAUUCCAGGGUCUGUGCCAUCUGUUCCAAAGUUUUGGCAUAUAUUCCACAUUCUGUGGCAUCUGUUCCAAAGUCAGUUGCAUCCGUUCUUAAAGUUCAUGUAUUCUAUUCCAAAUUUUGAGGCAUAUAUUCCAAAGUUUGUGGCUGGAGGAAUUUCACCAUGACCACAUCUGACUUCAACUUUUCUUAUCCCAUUUCUAACUUCCUCAUGAAGUCCUGAUGAGGAAAUAAUUUUAGAGCUCCUUGCCAUCAAUCAGAAUAUCAAUAUUUGGAUCAUGCAAAUAAGAAUGAUCAUUUAUCACCCUAUCUAUAAUCUGUCCCAUCCCUACUUCAGUGAGCCAGUCACGUUUAUCCACCAGUGUGAUGUCACAACUUGAUGACUCAUGACAUCAUCAUAGCCAGGAGCAGUGUGCAGAAUAUUUGUUUACUUUUAGUGGUGACCAGUCAUUGUUUCACCUUAGUCAUCACUGUAACAGCUUAUUUUUCUUUGUAUUAUAUUAGUAUUAAUGGUAGUAAUAGUAGUUGCAGGAUAUUUAGAAAGUAUAAUCUGAUUAAAAGAGUCUACAGUCCAGAGCUUUAUGCCACUCCGAACCUCACCAGAGCUCAGAGGUCUGUCAGUGCUCAGCUCAGAUGUCUUAUCCUUCCUCGCUCUGGAAACAGGUCGCUUCCACGCUGUCCCUGAGGAGGAGCAAACGUGUGUUUUGUGAUUUUGGUCUGAGGAAAAUGAAAUGCACUUUUUAUUCUGUUUUCCUCUGUACCACAGUCUAAGAUAUCAGCUACUCUGUAAAAUGCCUGCAGACUGUCCUGAUCUGUUUUCUGUCUCAUGAAGAGAGCGUACAAUUUCUUUUUACACACCAAGUCUUUCAGCCUGCUCAGUUUGUGCUGAAUGCUUUCCAGCAGCGAAAGAGGACACUUUGACUUCUGAAAAUUAAAGCUGCUGUAUAAUAAGAAGUGUAAGGUCUAAUAUCCAGUGAACAACAUUAUGUUAACAUUUGAUUUGUCUCUAUCUGAAAUGUAAAGUGAUACUGUCUGUUUUGUUAUUCAGAGUCUUGUAAGUCUGCGAGGAUUGGGCACUUCUUAGGUGUAUGGCAUGAUGAAAUAAUAAGUAUUGUUUUAAUUUUUUUCACUGUAGUUAAAAUAAUAAUAGAA